UACAUCACACAUAGGUGGAGUAGACGCCUCCCGCUUGGUUUGUAUUCGCUGGCCAUAAACAUCCCUCAAGGAACUCUUCUGUCGUUAGUGUGAUAGAUGAAUUAUUGUGUGGCGGUGUAUACGAAAAUAAUAACCGUGACGAACAUCAAGUUAUUUCCGCGUUACGUCAUUGGUUUAUCAUAGUUGCUGUUAUUAUCCAGCUACUGCUAUCACCAGGUGAGGAGGCAGCCAGUGUACCGUGAGACGCCAGAGGGGAAGGACGCACGCUACUAGCUCCUGUCACUGUUUUUACUUGCCUGACUGUCUAGCAGGAACCCUGACCUGAGGUGAUCCAACACAGGUGGAAGAAUGUUUGCCAAAUUUCUGAAGCUACUAUCGUGGGUGGGACUGUGGAGGGCGCCCAUGGUGGUACUGAAUGAUAACGCCCCCGCCAUCAACCUCACCACCACACCCACACAGAUGGUCGACAUGACUGCUAGGUUUAUGGACGUAUUGGUCGACAACUUCGUGAGUGAGGACAGGCAGAAGGUGUCGUACCUGGCUCUAGAACAAAGUACCUUCUACAAGCGCAACUUCGACGAGUUCGGCUCCCUACUGAAGAAAGUCGACCCCCUUCAGAUGAACGAUACCGAACGGAAGUCCUUCUUUAUCAACCUAUACAACCUGCUGACGAUCCACUCACUGCUGCACAUGGACAGUCUCCCGCAGUCCACCCUCAGCGUCACCGACUUCUGGCAGAGGUACUACUAUAAGGUGGGCCGCUACACCCUCCACCUCGACGAUAUGGAGCACGGCAUUCUGAGAGGUAAUCGACCUCACCCCACCUCCGGCGACAUUAUGUUCAAACGCAAUGACCCCCGUCUGGCUCUCACCCUCCCGGCUGACCCACGCAUCCACGGAGCUCUCAAUUGCGGUGCCCUGAGCUGUCCACCGCUGACGUGGUACGACUCGUCUCAUCUGGAUCAGGAGCUUGACGACGCCCUCCGAGGCUUCUGCAACAAGGGCGUCAAAGCCGUCAGUGACUCCACCCUCCUCAUCAACUCCAUCUUCGACUGGUUCAGGGGUGACUUUGCUGUCUCCGAGGCCCUCACUCUCAGGUGGUUGGCGAACUGUGUUGACGAUCCCGCCAUCAGUGAAGCUCUACUGAAGGCCGCUGAAGACCAGCACUACUUCACCUACCACUACGAUUGGACCCUAAAUGCCGUGUCGGGGGGCGGCAGGGGUCGGGUAAAGGUGACGGUGUACUUCGAGUCCCUGUGUUCUGACUCGAUGAAGUUCUUCAAAGACCAGCUGUACCCGACCUGGCGUGACCUGCAGGAUAUCAUGGACCUGGAGUUUGUUCCUUUCGGCAAGGCUACGGCAACGCCGACGGGGACUGGUGACUACGAGAUGGAAUGUCAACACGGCCCCAACGAGUGCUACGGUAACAAGGUGAUGACGUGCGCUCAGAACUCCCUCACCAUCGCAACCCAGAUGGAGUUAUUCCACUGCAUGAUGACCAAACCGUACCCCGCCUUCACUGGGGAACAGUGUAGCAGAGAGGUUGGCGUCGACUGGGCCCCGAUUGAUGAAUGCUCUAAGAGUACAGUUGGGUCUGGUCUGCUCUAUAAGAAUGGUGUCCGGACGUCGUCACUCAAGCCACGCGUUUACUUCAUCCCAACAGUUACCAUUGACGGGCACUACAACCGUAAUCAACUGAGAACCUCACUUGGGGACUUGAAGACUCAAAUCUGUGAGGUGUACCAGGGACCACCACACCAGAAUUGUCUCUAAAUUUUUUCGUCAUUUCUCCCCAGCAGAGGUUUAAAGAAGUGCUGAGAACAAAUAGUUUUAAUGUCUCAAUGUUACUGCAAUAUUUUCAGUGCUUCUUAUUAGACAGGUCAUACAGUUUACAGACUUCAGUGCAAUCUUAACUAAAACAUUCCUGCCAAGUUUCAUCUCAGUGCAAUUUGAAACCGAGGACUAUGUUUAUUUUAUCUCGUUAAAUAUUUGUCCUAGUACUGAAGUGUUUUUCUCAUUUUUCCAUUCCAUUACUAGGCCCUAUUAACCAUUCAAAAUAUAUCUUUCAAUUACUGUACUGUAUCUUGUCAUUAUUACCCUCCUCUUGACUUUCUCAUUUUAAAGCCAUAACUCCUGUACUUUUCUUCUCCAUAUUUAUUUUGAUAUUCUAAUAUAGUUUUCUUAAGUAUAAAAUGACUACUGGAUUUGACUCUCUUCCCAUUUUUAAUUCCCUCUACUACUCUUACAUCAUUAUUUCAAGUACCGUAUCCAAAGAAGAUAGGUCUCCCAUUAUUGUUCCGCAUUUAAUGGAUUCCAGUUCUAGGCAAUAUGUAAAACUUCUUUUACUAGCAAAGAGAAUAAAAAUCAAGAGCUAACCUCUGAUCUCUUCUCAUUUAACACUGAUUUGUACUUAGUAUUAAAGUUUGUUAUAUCCAUCUUGUAUUAAAGAUAAAAACUUAAGACAUUAACCAGA